AUGCCCAGCCUUCUCACAAGCGAUCUCGCCGCCGUCUCGGCCGGCUCCCACCUCUAUCUCUAUUACCAGAACGGCCACGAGCUCCGAGAGACCCAGUCGACCGACGGCAAGGCCUGGACUGCCAACUCGACCGCCAUUGCUGCUGAUCUCGACGAGAAUGGCUCGGCCAUCACCGCCUAUUUCGUCAACGAGACAUCUUGGCUGACAGAUUCUCGCUCGCAGGUCCAUGUCAUCUGGAUCAACAAAGACCUCAAGCUCUCAGAGAAGGUCAGGAUUGAGGGAGAGACCACUUGGACGUCCAUCGCUUUCCCCACCGAGUUCAAGCCCACGGCGACUUCGAGGCUUGGCAGUGGUGUGUGCCACGAUAACCACGAUGACCAAUCCCACCAGUGGGUUCACUUUGUCGAGGAAUCCGACGGCAAGUUCCGGAUCGCUGAGCUCAGGCGUGGCGCCAAGGCCAGCCCGGAAUUUGUCUACCGCAAGCCCCUGAGGGAGAAUCCCGCUGACGCCCUUCCGGGCACUGCCAUCGCCGAGUACCUCAGCGACUUGACCACCCAUCUCUUCUUCCAGGAUCACGCCAUGGACCUUCUUGAGUACGACGGCAAAUACGAGAAGUGGAACGACAAGCAUACCCGCCUCGAAGGCAAGAAAGUCUCCCACAGCACCCCUCUCGCGGCUUGUGACUCGGGCAAGUCCGACGAGCCGUACGUCUUCUACGUCUCGCCCCCCUCGGGUAAUACGGGCCUGGCGAUUCAGCAGUGGCAGGUGAACCAGGAGCCUAAGCGGGUCGACGACUACGCCCCAGGCAGCAAGCUCGGGGCGACCGGCCUGUCUGGCAAGGUGUACUUGUUCUUCAAGAAGGCUACCACUUCGCAGACUAUCACGGUCAAGGAGUACAGCGGUGGCAACUGGUCUCCUGCUACCAAGGUUGUCUAA